AUGUCCAUAGGAGAGGCAGAGCCUAGGCGCUCUGUCAGAGCGACCAAAGGCCAACACACGAAAUCAUUUGACGAGCUCGAACCUGCAGUGGCGCCGAAACGACGACAGACCAAGAAGACCAAGAAGGCGCAAGAGAAGGAUCAAUCCCAGGAACCCGAGGAGGUUAUUCGAUGUGUUUGUGGGGCAACCGAACAAGACGAAGAUUCAGGGGAGGCCUGGAUCUCCUGCGAGACCUGCUAUGCCUGGCAGCACAAUGUCUGUGUCGGGGUAAGCUCUUUUGAGGACGAAAUUCCCGACAACUAUUGGUGCGAACAGUGUCGACCUGAAGACCAUAAAGAGCUCCUGGCGGGCAUAGCCAGGGGAGAAAAGCCAUGGGAGGCUCGACGCAAGGCACACGAAGAAGAAGAGGCUGAAAGAAAGAAGAAGAAAGGAGGGCGCAGAGGCAAGGGCAAACGAGGCAGCGAUUCCAAGGAUGAGCUCGAAAAGGAUGGCAAAGCCAAGGCAAAGGCCUCGCCUGCACCUGAGCCUGCAUCAAAGGAUAAAAGGGAGCCUGCUUCAAAGCAGGGCAAGCGAAAAGUUCGAGAGGAGUCUCAGGACACAGACGGCAAGGCAGCUAAACAGCGUCGAGUAUCAGAGCGCGAUGUAGUCCCUGGGGCCGCCAAAUACACCAAACCCGAUGAUCUGGCUUUGGCGAUAUCUGAAUUGGCUGCAUCACGUUCAGGCCCUGCCAAAGCUCUGAAGAAAUCCAUUGCUCAUGUUCUGGCUACCCUUGCAAAGGAUGGGGAACUCAAGGUUCCCGACGGCAAGACAGAAGACAGCAUGUCUGAAGAAUAUGCCUUGCAAAUUGAGCGGGCUGUCUACGAUACGCACCCAGCAUCGAAGGGCCAGAAAGAGUAUAACCAUCAGAUCAAGUCUCUGACCUUCAACCUCAAAAAUAACCCGGAAGUGAUGCGAGGUCUGUUGCAUGGCGUGCACUCACCCACAACCCUUGCUGUCAUGACAUCAGAACAGCUCGCGUCGGCCGAACUACAAAAGCAAACUGCUGAGAUGCGGGCGAAGGCGGAGAAGCAAUCCAUCUUAUACACACAAGAGACCGGCCCGCGUGUGCGAAGAACUCGUAAGGGAGAGGAGGUAGUUGAGGACGAAACCGCCCUUGACGAAGCGCCUUUGCCCAUGGCUGGCGGUCCUCGGAAAGGCGGCAGCCAGCAUCCACCGCUUGUCAAACGGGAGUCGACUGGGGGAGACCAUGGCGAAUCGAAAGCGAGAUCGCCAUCUCAGUCUGAAGCACAACACUCACCUUCUCAAUCUAAUUUUGACAUUAAUAAGGUGUUUUCAACCGUCAAAUCGCCGACACUAUCCCAUAACCGUCGGCCGUCUGCGCCAGUUCUCAACACCAACGGCCCCGGAUUUGAUCCCGAUGUUGAUCGGAUGCUGCAAGAUGAGACGGAAUCCCCGCCUUAUUCUCCAACUGAAGAAUCCCAAGACCCUGAUGUUAUAUGGAAGGGGUCACUUGCCAUGAGCUCCAUUGCAGACUUUCAAGCCACGGCUAAGCACGUCGGAGGCGCUAAUUUCGCCUCUUUUGGCCCCUGGUCAAAACUCAUUCCCAAGCGAAUGACGGUUGCCGGACGCAUCCCACAACAGAGCGCCAUUGAGUAUCUGUGCAGUCUUCGAUACAGUAAUCUCACCGACAUUGUUGUUGUCAGCAUCACCCCGACGUCGGCGGAAUCCCAGCCAGAUUUCAGAGCGUUGGUCGACUACUUCAUUAGCAAAGGUCGAUACGGAGUCGUUGGAAACAAGGUAGCAGGAAAUGUCAGGGAUACGUACCUUGUGCCUGUGCCUGCCGGCGACGACGGUCACCCCGAGUUUAUGCUCAACCUGGUCGAUAAUUAUAUCCCCAAGACAAGAACGGAGCCCAUGCUUCUGGCCGUAUUUGUGUAUCGCAAUGAACCAGAUCAGCUGAAGCAAACCAAAGACGAGCUCACCCCCGUCGCUACGCCGCAGCCUCCCAGCGUCACUGCGUCUCCUACACCUGCACCUGGUGGGCAAAGAAGCAACUCAACGUCUGGGCCAGCUUUCUCACCAUCGACGCCGCAGGGCUCAUUUGGCCAGCAACACCACGGAGGGCCGCCUCAAUCGACUACACCAGUCCCUAUACCACAGCCGCCGCAUAUGCAACGACCACCUCCGCAGACUGCAGUUCCUCCACCCAGUCACUCCCCCCCGGCGGGUGGUCAACUGACGGAGGCGCAAAAGUACCAAGCUCAACAGGCAGGACAAGCGGUUGCAGCGCAGGUGUUGGGUGACUUGAUUGGUGUACCCACCGUGCAAUUCUUAUUGCCUCAAGCAUUCCAGAUGUCUCGACGCGAGUGGGAAGUGAUAAGGUCAAUCUAUGAAAAGGACCCACGAGCACGACAGGAUCUCCAGUACCUAGGCGCUCUUCUGGAGAAGGAAGGCUCCGAGAAACGAGCACAAGGGAAUGUAGUAGGGGGGUCGCAAUAG